UACACACACACAUACACACACACGCACAUAGUAAAAGGACACAAUAAUGCGUUCGUAUAAGCUCAUGUUGUCCGCCGGCUUAGCAGCCAUCUCAUUCCUGCUGACACUGGCCUAUCUGUCACGAGAGCGCUUAACCAACGCUCAACACAUCUGGGAGCCACGGCGGCGGCCAUUGCUCUUUUUUCCUGACAACAACAGCAACACCAACGAGAAAUACAUUACAUUCUAUCCACACUCUGGACUGCACAACCAACGUCUCGGCCUGCUGAACGCAAUGGUGCUCGCCAAAGCCCUCGAUCGCACCCUUAUUCUGCCACAGAUCAACCUUGGUAAGGGCGUCUACUGGUGGGAGUCGCCACUGCUGGCGCAGAAGCUGAGCGACUGCCCGGAACUCCCACUGUCUGAACGCAAGGGCCUGUGCGCCGAUUACCGCAAGUACAUCCCCGUGCCCGUCUCGAGCGUGUUUGAUCUGAGCGUACUCAAUCGUCUCGGCAUCCGCUACAUUGAGCGCGACAGCAUGCACACGUCGUAUCUCAGCGAGCGGCUCGGCAUCCACGACGACGAGAUCUAUCACGUUUCCGACCACAAGCGGUUCUCGUAUCGCAUCUACGACAAUGUCAACAGCACUGACCCAUUGAACCAGUUCAAAUACCGCAUCAACCUGCAGGAGCUCGAAGCACGCCCUGAACAGCUGAUUGAGUUUGGCUCAUUGUUUGGCACGCCUCGCCUUGUUUUGGAUGUGCGCAAUGAUCUUUACUGGCUGCGAGAACACUUGUCUGGCGAGCUCGGCUUUGGCAAUCCUACAGUGAUCCACCAGACGCUCAAUGUCGUUGGACGGCUCGGCGGGCCUGGCAACUUUGUCAGCGUGCACUUGCGAACGGGCGACGGCGUGUUCAAGGUCACCAUGGCGCGUACAAUGGACAAGGUGCGACAGACACUCGAGCGCUACAGCACGCAGCAUCGUCUGCAUCACGAGCAAGAGUAUGCAAUCAUGGCACGCCUGCAAGCACUCGCGCACGAAGGCCAGACAGCCAACCUGCUCAACGAAUGCACGGCAAUCCAACACCAGCGCGACAUGCUCCAUCCACGAUUGCGGCUGAUCUUUAUGGCGACCGACACCGCACAGCCCCGACACACCUUGCCCGAGCUGUUUGAGGAGUUUGUCUGCAUGUUCACUUUGCCCGACUUUCCCGAUGUGAUCCAGGACACGGUGGCCGGUGCAAGCACGCCUGCGCGUGAGCAGAACGACCACUACGGCCCACUCCUGCUGCCACUGAUUGAUGCGGAAGUGGCGUCGCACGGCUCAUUCUUUGUUGGGACGCGGAAAAGCACGUUUUCAAAAUACAUUCAGUAUCGCAACCGGCGCUUCUUGUCGUACUAUCCAGCCGUUGCCGAGCCGUGAAACGAGCCAGGAAAACUUUUUUUUCCCUUGUACAUUUUUUUUUAUUUUUGUAUUUUAUUCACUCAUUUUUUGUUUUGUUUCUUUGGUUUUCAUUCGUUUCUUCCCCCAAUGCAUAAUUUGCCCUUUAAUAAUACAUAUACGCAUAGCCACCCCUCCAUCUUGUAUAGCACCACUGUACGUUCUACUGCAGCAAAAACAACAUGUAAUUUACAAAAUAAAAACUUUUAUUUCAAACAACCAAGGCGAAGGGCGCUUUUCCUUUA